AGCAGCGGCGGCAGUGCGUGACGCAUUUAAGGCGGCGGAGGAGGAGUUGGAGGUGGUGUUGGUGCCGUGCCGAGGUUCGUCAAUGCGCACAACAGCAGCAGCAGCAACCCGGCAUCGUCGGUGGCGUGCAGCAGCCCUCUGUUCCGGUUGAAACCUGAGCUCUGUGAAGCACGAGGGGUUCGUGGUCUGCCGACCGGGCGCAAGCCGACCAACUGACCGCCCGCCCGACCCGCAAAUGCCGGGCUCUACACCAGAAGGCUACAUUCCAGCUGGUACCGUGCAGUUGCCCGCAUAUGCUUGUUCUGCCAAGGAAAUUCUGAACGAGGCAGGGUGGAACAGGCAUUUUGCUCGACUUGCAACACAAAGCACUGACGGUAUAGGUCGUAGUCUGCAGAAUUUAUUUUUAGCAUGGGGAGGUUGGCAGCCCAUUUGGAAAUAGUUACACAUUUCUCAAACAUAAUAACAAUUUGUCUCAGUUGCGCAUGUCUUUAACGUGUGAACGUUUGGCACCCUACUGCACAGGUGCCCCAUGGUCGUAGCGAAAGCGCGAUCGCGCUUUUGGUCACACCAGUUUGAAAAAAACGCGGUGGAACGAUAGCGCGUGCGAACGCCUUUCGUCAGGGUUCCAAGGCAAUGCACUUCGCUUCCACGCAUCGUGUUCCUGAUGCAGCGGCGUACCAAGGUGGCGACAUGACAUUGAGAAGGCAGCGCGUGCCGGAGCACAUCCGGAUGCGCACGAGGGAGUUCGGCGAGCGGGAUCUUCUUGCGAUGGAAUUAUCGCGCUGAUGCGCAGAUUCUACCUCCCACCUCGUCGUGCCUGGUGCGGACCCUGUACUGUUUGACGCUCCCGUGGACGGACGGUUUCUGCUCUCCGGUCGAAACUUGGUGCUUCCCGUUAUUUGCACUGCCUACCGCUUUGCGGGCACUCUCCGUUGGCGCGCGGAGGAACUUUGCGAACGCGUGAGCUUUGGACGCUAACGGUCUGUUCGUGUUAGUUUUUUUUUCCUCUCUUCCCCAAGUGCCUAAGUGAGCCGUCGCCCACGGCGAGCGAGUGCUGGCUCCGCUGGUGGUUACAAAGAAAGUCUUGGGUUAAUCCUGAAACCGCGCGUCCGUCAAUACACAUUCUGGUGCAGUACUUACAACAAAAAUACUGCCUGCAUAUCAGUGUUGAGAGGGGGGGGGGGGGGGGGGGGGAAGGGCCCCGUUUUUUAAAAUAUAAACAAAAACGCAAUCCUGAGGCUCCUUGAUAAAGUGCUCAAUUGUGGGAAUCGCUUCUGUAGCUCUAUUGCACAAGACCCAUCAAAGCAUAUCGCUAAAGGUUACUUUUCACUCUCCAUUUAACAAGAAAGAUCAUACCAUCGCAAGACAGGUUUAAAGUUCUAUCGAUAAAAACAACCUUAUCAAAAAAAAUAAACGAUCACUGUGAUAUAACAAAACAACACCCAAGAGAGAAAAAAAAAACCGUCCUGCAGCUUCAAGUGCCUGUUUGGAGCCUUUGCUACAGUAACGUCGAUCACGUGGUUCAGGAUUUUAUCAACUCCAUCUGGCUGGGAUGAGCAUGCGCUGACAAUACCAACACACUGCUCAAGUGAGUGCCCACUGUGCCAAGAAUAACUUGGAGAGGCAAUCGCGUAGGAUUUAUCAACUCCUCUCGUAGGGAAUCCUACGUAUUGUAGAGGCCGACGAACGGACGUGACUUUCAUCUUGCACGACGUCCUAGCGGCAUCGCAAAGCUUUGCGUGAUCGUGGCCUCUACCGCCGUUCAAGAGUUGCCGCCGAAUCGACGAAACACCCACGCGACGAACCUUUUGAAGCCGAGCGUUUUGUAUUUUUAUUGAGCGCGCCGGCUGAACUGCACCCACCAAGUGCCUUCUUGCCUUAUCAACCCGGCGCAGCUCUCUUCACUGGCACGACGUCGGCCUGACGAACCGGAGCGGCCCUGACUUUGAGCGCAGUGCUUCCCCCGACGGCUCGGCGGUUAGCGUCGGGGACGACGGGGCGUUGGUGGGGUGGAACUGCGGGCGGCCGGGCGGGUGCACGCACGGUGGAGGAGGGGAGCCAUGCCGUGGCCGCAAGCCGUGCUGUCGUCGCGGCCGGACUCCCACGCCUUCCAGGAGCGGCGCCUGUGCCUGGCGGAGGCCGUGAGGGUCGGACGCUCGGUGGCGCGGUGUCGCGCGGCCACCAACAACGCGACCUUUGACUGCAAGGUGUUGUCCCGCCACCACGCGCGCCUGUGGUACAGCGACGGCAAGUUCCUGCUGCAGGACACGCGCAGCAGCAACGGCACGUUCGUGAACGGGCAGCGGCUGGGAAAGAGCGGCGAGGAGAGCGCCCCCUACCAGCUCUACUCGGGGGACGUGCUGCAGUUUGGCGUCGACGUAACGGAGAACGCUCGCAAGGUCACUCACGGCUGCAUUAUCACCAUGGUGAAGCUACUACUACCAGAUGGAACGGAGUACAAACGCAGGCCUGAGGUGGACAGCGCAUCUGUCAAGCCGGAGGCAAACUCCUCCACCACACUCAAACUACAGGACCUUCACCAACUGUCCCACUACCUACAGGAGGCCCUCUAUCGUGAGCAGCUCCUGCACAAGAAGCUGUCGGCACUGCAGACCCUGCUGCAGAGCGCGCAGCGCGCGUCCGACGAUGGCUGGCAGGCUCUCAUCAUUGAGGAUAAGCUGCUAUCCCGUCUGGAGACACUGGAGAACAGACUUAUGGCCUAUUCCAAGCAGACUCUGUCGGACGAGUGCCUCCGCAAGGAGCUGGAGCUGCUGCAGUGCGACAAGGGGCAGUACGAGACGGCCGCCAAGGAGGCGCUGAGGCGAGCGCUGCAGGACAAAGUGGAGGCCCACGAGAAGCUCGCCAGCGCGCAGUGUGCGUUGCGCUGCUCGGAUGAGGAGCUCGUGCACCUCCAGGCCGUGCAGGAGGCGUCGCGGGCCGAGAUCAAGGAGCUCGCGCUGCAGAGAGAGCGGGCGGCACAGCGUGUGGCACAGCUGGAGGAGCAGCUGCAGGCCGCUCUGUGCGAGUCCGCGCUGAAGGACGAGUCGUCGCAGGAGGAGCUGGAGCGACGUCUGGCCGCCAUGGAGACGCACGAGAGUGCCCUCCUCACCCGAAUCGAGCAGCUGACGACGGAGAACGACCGCACGCGCGAUCUUCUCGCUCAGGCGCACGAGCUGCUGAAGAACGGCGGAAGGUAUCCACGUGACGGGGACAUUGACGGAGAAGAGACCGAGACGGAAGGCGACACGGAGCCCUCGCCAGACAGAAGAGACAAAGAGGAAUGCCUUUCUACCAUCCUGGAAGAGCCAGAAGACAUGCGAGGCUACUCGCAGGAUGGAGAGGCUGGGACAGCUCGCAGCCAAGCUCAGGAAGACAGCUCAGUGGUCUCCUUCUCGGCACGUGAGGUCCUCCUGGAGCUUCUGUCCGCCCAGCAGUGCGAGGACGGCGACGCGGACGCGGGCGGCGGCGGCGGCGAUGGCGCGACGACCUUGGGCCCCCCGUGGCUGCGGCCGGGGCCGGGCGAGGAGGGCGAGGGCCCUGGGGAACCCGCGGCGAUGCGGGCCCGCCUGGCGGACACGCAAGAGAUCGGGCGAAUCUUCACGGCGAGAUGCGGCGAGCUGGAGGCAAUGCUGGAGGAGGAGCAGGAGGCGAGCACGCGGCAAGCAGAUGUCUCGUCAAAGUCCAUCCAGAACCUGCAGGCCCAGCUGGUGUCCCUGCGCGAGGAGCUGGAGUCGCUGCGGCGCGAGAAGGAGAGCGAGCUGCAGGAGGCGCGGCGCGAGCUCACGCAGGUGCUGGAGCAGGCGCGCACGCUGCGUCACGUGCUCGAGGACACGGCCACCGAGCGCGAGAACGACAUCGCCAUGCUGCAGGAGGAGCUGGGCCGCCUGCGCACGGAGCUGUUCCGACAGCAGCAGAACAAGUCGGAUUCAGAGCGGCCGCGCAGCGCUGAGCACGGCUUCACGGACUCCACGCGCCUCCGGGGCCACGUGGAGAGGCUGGAGGGAGAGUGCCACGGACUGAGGGCAGAGUGCGAGGAGCUGCAGCGAGAGCGCGAUUCCCUGAGGGAGCAGCUACACGGCCUGCACAAGGAGAUACAAAGUGCCCGCGUGGAGGAGCAGGAGCUGCAGGAGGUGGUGAGCGGCCUGCAAGCCUCACGAGACUCUCUGGCGUCACGACGGAGCGCAGGCCCGGACGCCGACGCCGCCGACGCCGCCGCCGUCAGGGACGCCACCCCUGAUGGUGCACGCGACGAGAAGGGGAGUUCGCUCGGCGACGGUGCCGAGGAGCCGUGGCGAGCCCCGGGGGAGACCGCGCACACGGAAGCGGCGCCCGCGGACGGCUCGGAGGCCGGUGGCGGGGAACUCCAGUUGCAGCUGCGGCAGGCGGAGAGCGUGGCCGAGUCUCUGCAGAAAAAGUGCACGGAGGCACAGCUGGAGCUGAAGGCACUGCAGGAGCGACACCAGGCCACCGAGCAGGAGACGCGCGGUCUGCACGAGGAGCUGGAGCUCUGUCGCGAGAAGCUCGAGAGAUACCGCAAGGUCAAGCAGAAGGCCUGGGCCGGUUGGCUGCCUCUGAUGGCCAUGGUGGUUGGCAUUGCGGUGUCCGUCCUCUACCCAACCAUGGAGUGACGGUGUUCGGAGCUUCCUCGCUCGCUCGCACAAAGAGACUCCCAGGCGCUUGGGCUGAUCUGCACGGUUGCCCCAUUGUCGCCACUCCCCCCGCGAGGAUCUUUCUACGGAUCGCAUGCCGAUACCUGGAGGAUCACAUGGGAGCUGGUGGUGGUCGAUACGGAGGUGGCGGCGAGUCGCCUCUUGUAGCCUUUGUGGAUCGAGGUCCGUGGGAUCCGGAGCUAGGGAUGAGUGGUACGAUAGUGAUGGAGGGGACAACCUGUGGAUUUCAAUAGAAAAGAUCUGGGCAAUCAUCCUGAACACCGGGCCUCUGGAAGAGCAUCACUGACGGUCAUAUCAGAAGAUGCACUUCCUUCACAGCCCCGUCAUAUUUAUGCCAUUAUAUGUGUGGCUUUGAUGGCUGCAUUGUUACACUUGUGCGUGAGUGCGUGUGUACGUGUGUUUUAUUGGACUGACCUAGUGCCAUUGGUGAACAGAUGUACAUAUGCUAAGGACGACGGGAUGUUGUUGCUAGUCGCAGAGGGCAACACAAAUUGUGUUGCUUGUGCCGCAGUGACAAUACGUGCAGGUGUACGUGUGUAUGUCGGACCCAUUCAGGUUACCCGUGUGCUGCAGUGUUGCUGCAGAUUUCGGGCACCGGGAUGAUGUCCGAGGUGAGCUUUGGUUAGCCCUGGUGAACUUAAUGUUGCAACUGAUCACGUGAGGGUUCUAAUGGCGCACUACAGACAGCAGCAACGGGGGGGGGGGGGGGGGGGAGAAGCAUCGACAUUGGCAUCCAGGGCUCUGACGUUCUGAAAGCCUCCAGCUUGCUGGCAUUGAACGUCAACUUCUACGGCAAAAGCACAAACUAUUUUGUACAAACUUUACCUAUUUGUUAGUUAUCAUUCACCGAGUUACGUUGCAUCGUACAAUACGUCGGGGAAUGAUUCACAUUUUCUGAAUGCUAUUUAAAUAAAAUGAAUACAAAUAUACACUUUUAUAACAUUUAAGGCUUAAUGGGCAUUUGUGCGCAUGGAUAUUAUAUAUAUAAGCAAUGGCUUUGCAUUGGAAAAUCUUGUGCUCAAAGCAGCAGUGGUGAAUGGCAAAUCGCUGGGAAAAAAAAAGUUCAAAUAAUGGCAUUGUGAGGGCAGCUUUGUACCUGUAGCGCUCUUCUCUGCAAAUGUCUCUCACCGUUACCCGGUGAACCCUAGCUUCUCUAUCAGAUACGCCACACGUUGUUGAAGCUGAAAUGCAUUGAAUUGUGUUCGGAUUGCAAGUUUGCCGGAGGUUGGAGAGAAGUUGAGAUGGUGUCGUAUGGCGCAUGCAUAUCGAAUGUUUUAAAUGGCUUUGGCCCACUGUUGAUUAGUCUCUUGCGAGAGUAAUUAUUUAAAUCCCCAUUGUAGGAUUUCCCAUAUACCAUUUCUCCCGACUCGCCACAAAAUAUGUCUGCAAAUUUACCACUUUACCUCCAUCGAAUACAAAUGAAGUCAUUGCGUGGUGCCUGCACCAGAUGAUUGCUAUGGAGAACACUGAUUAAUUUGAAUCGGUGCUGUGUACAUCAUAUGGGUUACACACACAUGUAAACAAUAUCUCCAACUUAGUUUGGAUCAAUGCUGUACAGCACGCAGGAGGACUUGUAUAGCAACCAUGUGCACCAUGUGCACUUGGAAACGAUAGCUGUCUCACUGAAUGGAGGUAGAUUCCCAGUAAACAUGACAUUUGGGCAUAUGUUGGCAUGCGGUUGGAACUGUUCGGCCAACAUAGGCCCAAUGUUUACUGGGUUGGUAAAGUUGGAAAGACGCACCAUGGUGGGUUUAGAGAAAUCGAGUUCAUGAAACCCCGUUCGAAGCGAAGGAUUGACUCUUACUGGUUUAUCCGUACAUUUGGUUUUGUUGACCUGACAGUCCUACGAAAUGCCUUGUUGCAAAGUUUCACUCAUGGUUCACAAAAUUAAAAAGAAAAAUGCCCCACGCACAGUGCUGUGAGGCGCAGUCUGUAAGGGCGAGAGCGUGGCGCCCACCCAGCCUGUUGUGCGCGUUUCCACGGCUGAGGUUUUCACGGUUUGUGCACUGUAAGUCUCCGCUGUGUUUUUGGGUCGUACCACCCGGAGAAAAAACGUCGGGCACCAUGCCGAACAACGCGCGGCACAACCCGAAAACACAUCGAAGAGUUGCUCUCAACGUUCUGUCCCCCCUUUCCCAGGCCUGAUUUUCAUGCUCAGCUCCUCAAGCUCCCGUUGAUGUAUUACACAGCAAUUGCUUUUGAUGGGGUAUAGUAGCAAAGUAUUUCCUCCGGCCUUAAGAACGCUUACCAAGUUGUGAUGUAAUGUCUUAAUCAGAGGGUGGGAGGAAUUAUUGAACAAUAGAGGUCAAUUUUGCAGCCCAAGGAAAUAAAAGUUAUUGCCCUGUGAUGAAAAAGCAGUCAUGAUUUGUUCUCUAACACCCUUAAGGCACAGUUUGAAGUUAAUUCUUAUGGAGGUCAGGGAAGUGCAUUCACAUACUGGUUGCCAUUUUAUUUUUUUGCCUAGCAACUGACCAUGCAUGUUGCAUAGGAUAUAUUAUUGAACAUGAAUACAGUGAUACGAAUGAUCAUUCAAAUUAAAUCCACUGGUAAUAACAACUCUAAAUGAGUUAUUUAAAAACACAAUAAACCAUACACUUAUUAUAUCUAUGUACGUUACACAAGAUUAACGAAAACAUUUAUUUGUGCAUAUAAAAUCAUAUGCAGAUUAGGGGCACUGGAAAAAAAAACUAGCAUAUUUAAAUGUGGCCUAUAUUCUGUUAAUGUUUCUCUUGAUGAUUUUUCAAAGGUUGCUUUCAUUUGCAUUAAAUAUGGACUGCUUAACAUUGGCUUACAAAGCGCGUGGUUAGCAUGUUUUGAUCCAUCCAAUGUGGCCAUUGGAGGGUGUUCGAGUUCUUGCUGCAUAUCAUUACAUAUGCUAAACGAUUGUACGAAUUCUACGAAGCUGCUGCCUUCUCUCUUGGAUGUGCUCAUGGAUUUGAUAGUCUUGUUUGGCGGGGGCAGGGGGGUGUGCAUAAUUUGGUCAAUAUUUAUUUAAGGACGCCAAAUGGAAAAGCCGCUUUGAUAUUGCAUAUAAAAUGUGGAAUCGAUAUACGGGAGCAACUGAAUUUACCAUAGGUCAUCGCUUAAAAGACGAGCAUUGUGGGUAUUGUCAGCCUUUGUAAGGGACGGCUAUUUGUGAUUCAAUAGAAAGGGCCUCGAGUGUGUUGCUAAAGCGGGUGGAUCUAAGCCUCUUUUUUUAAUUAAAACGACCGCCUUUCAGUGACCACAUUCUGUUGAACUUGCUACAGUAUGUGGGGCUCGAUUUCCAUGUUGGUGAAAGACCGCCUGUUUUUUUUGGUUGUCAAAUAGUGGGCAAAAAAGCGGCCCCUUUUCUAAGGGAAAAAGUGGUACUUUUUGUCCCAAAACCAGGUGAAAAAGUCCUGGGAAUCAAGCCCCUUAUGACUCAAUGAACGAGGCAUGUAAAGUUUGACAUGAGAACGUGCUUGAUUACACGGGCUUUCUAAGCCAUUCAUUGGCCCUGCACUUGAGAGCGGUUCCGGUUGCGUGUGGUUGAGGAAACCUGUGAGAACGGCUCCAUGGUUCCUCCAUUUGUACCUUGAUUGUGUCGCAGGUGGUACACUGCGGCUGUUCGAAUGCAGACAUUUCUCAAGGUUACACAAUAUUCGGGGACGCUGUCGUAUUUGCAGUGGUUUGCACACUGGAUUUUGCAAUCCAGAGGUCACCGAUUCAAUCUCCGAGCGUGGCAGUUGAAACAAUGGGCAGGUUUCUUCAUUUCCCUGCAUGCCCGCAUCUCUAUUCAUCCAUCAGCAUUAGUGGAUACACCACAGUGAGUUGCUCGACAAUGUCGCGUUUGGUGGGAUAAAGUGUAGGUACUGGCCAGCAUAGAAUAGUAGGCUAAUAUAUCCUCCAGAGGGGCUCCUCAAGAACUCCAUCUGGUGGAGGCCGUUACGCUUAGCGGUGGCGUGAGCGAGAUAUUUCCAGGGCUGCACUUUGACCUUUUACACGCAUUUUAUCUUAGACGUGUUCCAAAAGUGGAGUCGUGAAAAACACGUGACGUUGAAAAUCGGUCACAAAAUCAAGUGUGUGAAAAUUCAAACGGCAGUUGCCCUGUCCUACAUUUGUGCAUCGGCCUUUCGUAUGCAGAAACAUUGAAGGGAAAAUAAAUGUGUGUUUCGUCAAUUUACUUUCCCAUAAACCUCAUUGCCAGCUGGUCUUUUAAGUUCAACUCCCAGAUUGCAUUUACCCUUGACCUCACGAUGGCAUUCAUGUGCAACUGAUAUUGAAUUAAUUAGCAAUGUCGUUGGAGCUAACGAGUGGAGAAGAUGGUAAAGGGGAGAAUGUAAGAAUUACAAAGAAGGAUGUUGAAAUGCAUAGCCCUGUAUUUUGACCUUUCGCACCGUACGUAGCCAACCAUGCUAAUCGGAGGUGCCUGUAGAGUUACUGUGACACUUGAGUUUUUUUAUCCUCUUUCUGGCUAACCGCUUUUUUUUCUGAUCCAUAUGUCCUCUGGACCCACACUCUUAACCGGGCCAUGGUGUUCCCAUAAAUCCACCGCUAGUUGCUUCAGUACAAGUUAACGUGUUUCAAAGUAAUCUCUAGCCUGGCGUUUGUACUCACACCGCCACUGACAGGGAAAGUCGUACAUUUGACACGCUGAAAGUGGUUAUGAAGCCGUCGGGGAGUGAGUGUCAAUGGUUUCUGGAAAUACAAUAUAACCUUGGAGCCUACUUUUCACUCUGAUUCACGUCACGAGGACAAGCUGUGCCAUUCUAAGAGAUGGACUGUAAUGUAGAAAUGCAUUAAAUCUCACUUUGUUCACAAAAUCCAGUAAAAAAAAAUAUAUAAUCUUCAAGCACUGUUUGUCAAACACUGUUCUGUGUUGAGAGCGGUAGUGUUGGCACGGUUAGCACGCUGCACUACGAACCCGACGACCAGAGUUCGAUUCCUGCUCGUGGCCACCACCGGUGAUCAUUAUCUGAACCAGUCAUGGGCCUUCCCUAGGUCCACUCAGCCUCAAAUGAGUUCCCGGUGCUAUGUGUAAACAUAGCUACUCUGGAGACAAAGGCGGCCGGGCGUGGUGCUGUCCACCCGCCCCCUCGUGUGCCGUGCCGGCCUUCAUAGGUGACCGGUAACAGCACUUCCUUCAACGGUCUGUUCAGGCUAUACGGGGGAUCUUUGUGCUGAGAGCCAUACUUCACCUGUGCUUCAACAACGAGUAACGUAGGGGGGUUGUCACCACUGGCAUUGAGCAGGGUUUGGUGGUGGACAUUGGUGUGUGUGUGCGCUCUGGUGCCUUUCCACAGCAAGUUACGCGCAGUCUGAAAACUGAGGUUCAAGUCAAGAACAAACGUGCUCAUUAACAAAUAAUACACAUUUUAUGUUCAAGACACAGAUGCGUGUAGUUAAAAAUUUCAUUCGGAGUCUGCAAUAAAUUUCAUUGCAAACAAAUCGUUUUGGAUAUAACCGAGCCCAACACUUUUUAUGAACACACAUGAUGAUUCAGAGGAUUGCAGGAGAAGGGGGUGAUCCGUAAUACGAGGCCGCUCUGCCCGUGGUCGUGCGGUGGCAAUUUUCGGCACGCCGGCGCCGUUCUCCGCUUCGGGGACAACGCGCCAGCAUCUCGCAUUCCGCACUCCGCAGAGGGCAGUGGAGCGUGGUUUACUCACGCGCAGGUGCCGCGUCGCGAUCACUGCGUUCGCUGGGCUUAACGGUUGGGCCGUAAUUGGUGGGUGGGUUGCUGCGAAAAAAGUUGGUGAUGUGCAGGAAUUCGCCCUGUCCCCGCGGUGCGGGAGAAUGGAAUUGGCGUUCGCGUCGCAUUUGCGAGCGGCGGAGCAUCGCUUUGCAGGUAUGCCACAGAUCUGGCCGUGCAUGGUACUGGGAUUAACGCACCGGACAAUGUUGUACUGUUUCCUGAAAUAUACAACGUAAUGUAUUUCUGUGCGCGUGUGUGUGCGCGCGUGUGCAUUUGUGUGCGGGUACAUAUUAGCAUAUAAAACGCUUGUGCAUACUAUAAAUACAUGUACAUACUGUAUAGAAUGCAGACUGGCACACAGCUUCAGUAUUGUACCGCUAAUUGUAUAUGUGUAAUGUAUAUAAGAGAGGCGGUUAAAACAAUAUCAAAUGAAUGGCAUUCGGCAAGUAAAUCCUCGGGCCGUGGUGUAGAGAAACCCAUAGGAGCGUCUUCUGAAGUAGCUUUCUGAUAUUCGCGUGAUGAGAGGUUUGGUGUUUUGUUGGAUUUCCAGAAGAGAUGCCAUAUGAAUUUGUGACGUAACUCUUAGCGGCACAUGUACAGCCCAUGCAUCAAUAUCGCACCCUGCCGCGGAUUUGAAAGUGCGGGGCGUGGGGAUUGUUUGACCAUAGUUCACCGUGCUGGUCUCAAGGCGGGGAGCACAGACAGUGAGUGCACAGUACAACAAUGAAUGUUGCUGCACUGCCCUACGCUGCACACGCCGUAUAGCUCCACAACGGCCUAUAACAACCCAUCACGCGUGGCGGUCACCCAUGCAUGCAAUGUCCAGGCAAAACCCUGCUUGGCUUCUAAGGUCCAACAAGAUCGGGUGCAUUCUGGAUGAGUCAAUCAUAGGUAUCAGUGGUUUCUCGGGAACGGUGAUGGAGAGGUAAUCAAGUGGCUGAGGAAGUCGCAGCGCUAAGUUGAUGGAGUGAUCAUUUUGACAGAUGCGCAUUGCACCUUUAUAAUAACAAGAUAGAGACCACGGAGCUCACAAUUACUGCUCAAUUCAUCUACGGGUGUCUCAAAAAGUACGUGUGGCGUCUUCUGUCACGGUAAUUAUAUCUGCAUAAACUUGCUGCGCUUUACAUAGAAAUUACUAAAUAAAAUAUAUAUUUUGAAUGCAAUUUGAGCCGGAGGGUACAUUCAGCAUUUUGUAAAAGAAUCAACAUCUAUUAGCCUCAUUUAUAUUGUAAUAUAGAGAUCUGAACUCCACAAUUAAGUCAUGCUGUGCAUAAGUGUCAAAAUGUGCCAUGUACGUUUUUUUUAGGAUGUGGUAGCACUGAGUAUUUUAAAUAGAGUAUUUGGUUCUUUAGGUAUAGUCACGUAGGUAUAAAAUACAAUAAAUCACGACGUUUCGAUCGCAACACAAGCGGUCGUCCUCAGGCGGAAUAAAUAUGUAGUUCAGCAGUGGAACUGCUGAAUCUUGAUCUGUUCAGCAGUGGAACUCUAUAUUACAGUGGAACUGCUGAACAGAUCAAGAUAAAAAAUAAUCUAUUUGGCAACCAGAAUGUACGACGGGCAUUUCCAAAGCUGUGUUUGUUAACAAAGUAAUGCAUAAAUAAUAAUGUGAAUGUAACUUUGACCAACACACAACAUAACUCACUGCCACGAGCAUAGAAAUGACUGCCACGAGGCACUUCCAUCGGUGCUUUGGCCCUGACUAGCAUCUGAACAUCAAUAAUACAUUUCGGCAAAAAGGCAGCAACAAAAACCCUAGGAUGUCACACUUCAAAGACACCGAAAAUAAAUGAGUAAUCACGUCAUUACAGUGUUUUGAAGUGUGCAGCCUGUGUUGUUUAUCCUUCAUCACGGUGCCGCAAGUGUAAUAACCUUAAGGGUACGUUUGAAAUUUAUCAUCAAAUCUCAUUUUGUAGGUGGGUUACGGUGAUGCCAAAUUAUUCCAAUGCUGGGAGGCAGCUCGCAGGGAUUUUGUGCCCACACACAAACAUUUCCCAACUGCUAUAAACGUACUAAUUAUAUUUUACGCAGCUUCAUAAGUUCCCCAGAGGCAUGUCAGAAUAUUCCCAUAGAAACAUAAUGAGUGUCCAUUUUUUUGAAUAGCUUUGUUCAAUGUGUGUGUGUAAUGGCUUGUAAAUGUCAGACUGGGCCAUUAUUUUGACCAAUUCUACGGGGAGUUAUUUAGUUUGUUAUGAAAAUGGAAACGUUACAUAAGCAACUUUGGGGGGCAUUUGCAAAGUGUUUGCUUUACUUUUCCCUAUUGUUUACAAAACCAUGUCAAUUGUCAGACAUCCUCAUCAUCAUGGAAAUACAGUGAUAGCUGUAUCCAUUCAUCCCCCACGGUCACUGCGCGGACAGCUCUAGGUGUGUUCUACCUCCUCCUUGCCUGGCCCUCGCCCUCGGAGAUCAGCUGGUUAUAGCCCAUCCAGUCUCUGACGUUGUGAAGCCAGUGACGACACACCAAUCAUCAGUCUUAUCAAUACAGUUUAGAGCCGUGACUGAAUUGUACUUUGCAACAUGUAUCAAUUUACAUAUACUACAUAUAUAUUACAACGUGCAUACAUUAAUUACACAUUUGUGGAGAAUGUCAAAUAAAUGACCAGAGAAUACACCUUUGAGUCACCCUUGAGAAAGAGCCGUGUUGCUCAAUGGGUUAUUUGCUCGCAUAAUAAACUUCAGAUGCUUCGAGUAAUCACUUUCCAUAUCUGCCCCGCUACACAAAAGAUACACGAGUAUUUUUACACAUACCAUCGGCCACAGUCUUCUGGGAGUGAAUUUAUACUUUAUGCAUCAUUUGUUUAAAACAAGAAAACUCUAGACUGGUUUUCAUAUUCAGUGUCUCAUCAGCAGUCAGGGUGGAACUGCCUUAUGUUUGAUCAUUAUUCGUAUCAUAUUGUGUCUCAAGGUCCAACAGCAUUGUUUUGUUUUGAAAUCAAAUCAAGCAUAGAAGAUAUGUGAAACUCAUGCUGUUGCAUGUGUUGUUUAUUUCCAUAAAGAUGUAUACUUUCGAACUGGGGAAGCUCUGGAGUUUUGUGAGACACUAAUAACCCUUUGACUCUGAAAUUUUUACUGUCUUUUAUAUUUUAUGAAAGAUCGCAUUGUUAAGCAUGUAGUUCUGAAGUCUGUCUCUUAUUAUCAUAUUGGUACAAUAAAAAAACACGUACUUGGCUCUUCCUCUGUAGAAUAGCAGCAUACUGCAAAGGCUCUCAGAUUUCAGGCUACACCAUCCACUGCAGCCCAUUUUUCCAAUCUCAAAAAUCGAACUCUCUAUGGACUUUGCGCAUCAUUACUCCCUAUUCAUAUUGAAUGAUACCGGAUGACAUGGAAACAUUGAACCAUGAGGAGUGGGGACUGAAGUUUGAUGAUACCAGGCAGUGUGCCGAAUUAGAAAAUAUAUAUUUUCGAGGGAAGCCAAACAAGUAGGCAGGGUCAUUUUGGAAUAAAUAUCUACCCACAGGGGAGUCACGUGGUUGGUAAAUGGUUGUGGUGGAUCACUGGUGGUGGGUUAAAGUGUGGGCAUAACUCCAUAUAUUUUAUUUCAAAGAGUAGUCUCGCUGCUUGUGAUCAAUGCUGAACAAUCUACACACAUGGCAGGGUAUCGCGACAUGCGUGCACCGCUGGGCAUUUCGUUGUGUGAAAUUAUUUACAGAUCCGAACACGGGCGUGCUUUGGAAAAAGGCCGAUGCAUGACACGAGUGGUCGUGUGCGGUUGCUGACGUGUGUAAGGAACGGGCAUAUUAUCAAAGUGGCUUUGCAGUCUGGCAGGCUGAAAUCGCGUGUUGCCUUAUGGGUUGGUCUGUGUUGCAACGCUUCUUGUUUGACGGCGCUUGAAUGUCCGCGGCGAUAAUCCUGGGAUUGUAAGCGCCUUCAGGCUUCGUUGAGAUGCAUCAAGACUCCAGCAUAAUUUGCCAAUCCUUUAUUAUUGUCCGUUUGGCCUGUUGUUGAUGCCCAUGUAUGUAUCGUGCGAAUCAAUGUCAAAAUAAACCCAUUGGUUAUUGUUAUCAUUCGUGACAA